AUGCUGCCAGAGACAGAAGCAACCCCGGCAUUCCCAAUGUCACUUUUGGUGAGAUUGAGGUUGUCACGAAUGAUAGGGACAAGGGGAGCUGCUGCAAAGGUUGAGACAAAGCAAGUGAAGAAGGAUAUCCAAGACAAGUGGAAGGUUCUCAUGUGGGGGUUAGCCAAGGAAAACAGUAUGAAAACCUUGGCUUUGUGCUCAGAAUCAACUGGCAAAACAAAGUUUGCUGUGGUGUCAGUUGGGACCAUAGGGGAAGCCACUGAGGCAAUGAAGCUUGAUUUGAGAAGUGAUGGUGAAGUUGUGAAGGGGAGACAAGGAGGGUGUUGUAUUUAUACCAGUGAAUCCAUUGACAAUCCACUGAGGGCCAAUGAUAUUCGCAACGGCUACAAAGCUUUAAACAUUAAACCAAGCUGUAUUUCACGUCAUCCAUUUUGCCGCAUAUGCCAAAAAGAACCCAUGAUAUACCAACCAGAUUUAUCCACGGAAAUGAUGAGGAUUUCAAUUCUUGGGCGCCUAAUUGAAGCAAAGAAGUGA